UUUUUUCUGUCAUUCUCUUUACCCUUCUUGCACUUCCUCAAAACAAACGAAACCAGCAGCUUUAAAAAGAUUAAAACCGAAAAAAUAGAAAAAGAAUGGCAAUGGCCGGACGUCUCAGAUCGGGUCUCCCUCUCCUGAAUCGGAUUCUAAGAUCCAAUUCUCUCUCUGCUACCGGAUCCGCCGUUCAACGCUCCAUUAUUUGCCCUGCUUUCACAUCUGAGUGUUCUAAAAAUUAUGCCACUUCAUCCGGUCAGAAGGAGGUGCGGGUUAAGGUGCCACUUGCUUUGUUUGGAGGAACUGGCAACUACGCCUCUGCUUUGUACCUUGCAGCCAAAAAAGCUAAUGCAUUGGACAAGGUUGAGUCUGAAAUUUUGGACCUUCUGGAGGCUAUGAAGAAAAGUCCUACAUUUUCCCAGUUCACAAAGGACUUGGCAGUGCCUUCUGAUACAAGAGUUAAGGCCAUUAAUGAAAUUUGUGCCCAAGCUAAGUUUUCAGAUAUUACAAAGAACUUCUUAGUUGUAUUGGCUGAGAAUGCAAGGCUGAGGCAUAUAGAUGACAUAGCAAAGAGAUUUGUGGAGUUGACCAUGGCAGAUAGGGGAGAAGUGAAAGCUGUAGUCACAACUGUUAUUCCGCUGCCCCCAGAAGAGGAGAAACAACUGAAGGAAACACUACAGGACGUAAUUGGACAAGGGAAGAAAGUCAAGCUUGAACAGAAGAUUGAUCCUAGUAUUCUUGGUGGCCUUGUGGUAGAGUUUGGGCAGAAGGUGUUUGACAUGUCCAUUAAGACUAGGGCGAAGCAGAUGGAGAGGUUCCUGCGGGAGCCUAUAAACUUUAGCACACUCUAAAAGUUGCCUUGCCUACCUUCCUGUCAACAUCUUUCAAUGGUCUAGGAAGUAAAAGAAUUCUAAAUUUCUUGCUUUGUUUUUGUUCACUUGUACCUUUCCCUUUCAUAUCUGGGAAUGCAUCUUUUCGCAAAUAAAAAUUUGUUCAGGGCAACCACUAAUAGACCUGUACAUUCUUGAUUGAGUUUUCAUUUCUACUAUAAUAUAUUGGAGGUCAUAAUUUGUUCAAA